UAGGUACGUUGGCUGGGCGGUACUUAGGUGGUGGCAUGUGGACUUUUUUCGUUAAGUUGCUGUGCCAAAUUUUGGGCAUUGAACGAUCGGAUUUGAGAAUUGAAAACAACACAAUGGGUGAGCGAGUGGAACCUACAACGGUUUCCGGUCCAGAUUUGGUUGGUGUCAAUGUGGAAAGACCACCAGUGACACACCAAAAUUCCUCAUUAUGGAACAAGAGACAACAGGCGGUGUGCGUACGACACGCCUACAAACAUUAUGGAUCCAAGAAGAACCCUAACCAUGUGCUCAGUGAUCUUAACAUGACUGUAGGCAAAGGAACGAUAUAUGGUCUACUAGGUGCUUCAGGUUGUGGUAAAACCACUCUCCUCUCAUGCAUAGUAGGCAGGCGGAGAAUGAAUUCUGGGGAAAUAUGGGUGUUGGGAGGUAGACCAGGAACUAGAGGCUCUGGAGUGCCAGGAAAACGCGUGGGUUACAUGCCACAGGAAAUCGCUUUAUAUGGAGAAUUUUCCAUCAAAGAGACCAUGAUGUAUUUCGGCUGGAUAUUCGGGAUGAACACGCCGGAGAUUAUGGACCGGUUGAGGUUUUUGCUGAACUUUUUGGAUUUGCCAAGUCAGAAUCGUUUAGUGAAGAAUCUAAGUGGCGGUCAACAGCGUAGAGUAUCAUUUGCAGUAGCCUUAAUGCAUGAUCCUGAAUUGUUAAUCUUGGACGAGCCUACAGUUGGUGUGGAUCCUUUGUUGAGACAAAGUAUCUGGAAUCAUCUUGUACAAAUCACUAAAGAUGGCAAUAAGACUGUAAUCAUUACAACACAUUAUAUUGAGGAAGCUAGACAGGCACAUACGAUUGGUCUAAUGCGAAGUGGCAAACUCCUAGCAGAAGAAGCUCCACACGUCUUACUUUCCAUGUACGGUUGCACAUCUCUUGAAGAUGUCUUCCUGAAAUUAUCCAGGAAACAACAGAUCGGCGGUGGUGGCGGAGGUGGAGGAGGCGGCCAAACCGACAACAAUAUUAGCAACAACAUAAGCUUAGCGACAUUGAACUGGGGGAAAAAGGAACCUAUUUCUGUUACUCAGGAAAGCGGGGUUGUCGGUCUAGGAUUCCAUCAAAGCAAAGAAGUGUUGGUACAGGAUUCAAAUGGGCAUCUUGACUUUGCAGGUAAAGCAUCAUCAGCAAAGCAUGGUAUUCAAGAGGCUUGCGAAGAUUGCGGCAAUUGCAGCGAAUGGACGACUACAGGCAAAAUCCGUGCUCUUCUUCAGAAGAACUUUUUGAGAAUGUGGAGAAACGUUGGUGUAAUGUUAUUUAUAUUCGCUUUGCCGGUAAUGCAAGUCAUAUUGUUCUGUUUGGCUAUUGGUGGUGAUCCUAAAGGACUUAAACUAGCGAUUGUAAACCAUGAAGUUGGAUAUUUCAAUCAAACUUAUUUGGAUUGUCCUUAUGAAGUGGGCUGUAAGUUUUCAAAUUUAAGUUGUCGAUAUAUUGAAGCGGUGAAUACCAGUACGAUAUCGAAGACGUUUUAUCCGGAUAUUGAAUCAGCAAAACAUGCAGUCGCUAGAGGGGAGGCUUGGGGAGCAAUGUACUUCACGGAAAACUUUACAGACGCCUUGGUUGCUAGGAUCGCUCUAGGAAAAGAAGCCGAUGAAGAAACUCUGGAUUCAAGUGAAAUUAGAGUUUGGCUCGACAUGUCAAACCAACAAAUUGGUAUAAUUCUACAACGAGAUCUUCAGCUAACGUAUCAGAAUUUUACAAAAGAUCUGCUCCGGGACUGUGAUCAAAACGAAGGUUUAGCUGAGGUGCCAAUAUCUUUCAAAAAGCCAAUUUAUGGAUCCAAUCAGCCGUCUUUCACAGAUUUCGUGGCUCCUGGUGUAAUUUUGACAAUCGUUUUCUUCCUUGCGGUCGCUCUAACAUCUUCAGCAUUGAUUAUAGAAAGAAUGGAAGGUCUGCUGGAUAGAUCGUGGGUUGCAGGUGUUUCCCCUGGUGAAAUUCUUUUCUCCCACGUUGUAACGCAGUUUGUGGUAAUGUGCGGUCAAACCGCUUUGGUACUCAUCUUCAUGAUUCUUGUCUUCCAAGUGGAAUGCAAAGGAGAUAUUAUUUUUGUUGUUGCCCUCACUAUUCUCCAAGGUUUGUGCGGAAUGUGCUUUGGAUUCGUUAUCUCCGCUAUCUGUGAAUUGGAAAGGAACGCUAUACAACUGGCAUUGGGAAGUUUCUAUCCGACGCUGUUACUUAGUGGAGUUAUUUGGCCCAUUGAAGGUAUGCCAACUAUACUGAGAUACAUUUCCACCUUCUUACCACUGACAUUAGCAACCACAUCACUUCGAGCAAUGAUGACGCGAGGUUGGUCCUUACUUGAACCCGAUGUUUACUAUGGGUUUAUUGCGACAAUGGUAUGGAUUGUACUCUUCCUGACAAUCAGUUUAAUAGUACUUAAAAUGAAGAGAGGUUGAGGCUUGUGCAAGUUUUAAAUUAUGUGUAGAAAAAUAUUAAAGACAUCUUGUGUUGAGGCAUUUUUAAUAUAGGAUUGGGCUAAAAAAACUGGAACAGUUUUGGUUAAAUGUGCCUCAAAAAGUGACUCUUUUGGCAAAUAAAAUAAAAUUUACAUAGGAUGAGCUCAAAAUUGUUCAAACAUUUAUUAUUCCUGUACCAAAUUUUCAGCCUAGUUUUUUUUUGUCCAGAUAUACAUAGAAGUACAUUCUGUAAAUUAUGACGACCAUUUUAGGUAUACUAUUUAUGAAACACCUUGCCCUUUUCUGUAGAAUAUAGAAUGUAUAGAAUUUUUAGUUUGUAGUUUAGGUAUUAAUAAUUAUAUGUAUUUUUUUUUAAUGUAUUCGUUUUCAGUCAUAACGAUAUAGUUAGGAGUAAUAAAGUGGUGAUAAAAUGAGUCAGAAAAUGGUUGUACAAAGGCUUUGGACAUCUUAAAUUACACCCUAUAAGUAUAUAUUUUUGAAGAGUUGUUGAUUAAAAAUUUACCAUAACAUUAUUUCUAUUCAAACAAUUUUUCUACAAUUAAGUUCUUAUUUCAAAGAUAUCAAAAAUCAAGAGAAAAUAUUCUAUGCGUAAUUGAUACAUAGAUGUAAGCCUAUGUAAGACAUGCUCAAGUGUUAAUUUUAUAAUAAUAAUUCAUAAUUGUUAUUUAGUUGUGGUUUGUGAUGUAUGUUUGUUAAUAUAAAAGAAAUUUUAAAAAAUGAUAAUAAGGCUAA